GAGAACCAUCACACCCGAAUGGCAGCAUGAACGACCAGAGCGAGUUGACGCCAUCGAUGCAGGAUAACCACAUCUCUAUCUGUCUGUCUGUCCGGGCAACGGCGUCGCACUCGGCCAUACGUCCGGGCAAGCGAAUCGCCACCUUCCACAUCCCCCCCCCCGACCCAGCCGCCAUGCGGCCAACUCCAUCGACCGAACUGAUCUGCUCGGCUCUGCCGCCAUCAACCGAUCUGUUCUGCAUCCCUCGGACUGUCGAUCCCAAACCUCAACCCAUUCGAUGAACACAGAGCCCUUCCUCGCCGUCCUUCGCUCCAUGCGCGACAGCGUCCGGGCUCUCCUCCGUGCUCUCCGCAUCCUGCCCUAUGCCACGACACUGCUACUACUGGUGUGCUGGGUGGUCUAUCUUGCUUCUGCGGCUCUGGGGCUGCUUGGCGAGUCUGCCCCUCUUUCGUCUCUGUUUUCUGUUGCAGCCAACUGUCUGAUCCCAGAUCAGAUCCAGCAGCUCAAAGGACUCCACAGAAUCGUCGCUGCCAAUUUCAUCCAUGCAUCGCUCGGCCACAUCUUGCUCAACUCGAUGGCCCUGGUCCACUACGGCGCAUUUCUCGAGCAGCGCAUGGGAUCGGUCCUAUUCCUCUGGUGUGCUCUGCUAUUUGCACCCCUGGUCUCGAUCAUCCAUGUUCUGUUGGCCGGGUUUGUCGACGUUUUGUUGCAUACGAGCUGGAGCCAGAGUUGCUCCGUAGGCUUCUCGGCCGUGCUGUUUGCCUUUAUCGUUAUUGAAGUCAAGAGAGACCAGCACGAACACAGAAUGCCAUUUACCUCGUACACAUAUGCGGCCAGCCUCCAUCCCUGGGUACUGCUGUUGGUUGGUCAAGUUCUUUUGGGCUCCUCCGCAAGCUUCUUGGGCCACCUCUCGGGCAUUCUCGUCGGCUACCUGUACAACGAAGGGUUCUUGACCCGCUCCUGCCUGCUGCCGCCCGAGUCACUGCAGUCGUGCAUCGAGCUACUGCUCCCAGAAUCGAUUUAUCGCAGCUCUCGUUUCUUCAGCCAUGCUGCCGAGGGCUUGCCGACUUUCAGCACAGGGCUCUCUCUGGGUGCUGGAUACGAGCAAGUGGCCUCCGGCGUUCCAACACAGUCCGACAUGCGCUUUCCCGGGCGAGGACAUAUCCUGGGCAACAGCAGUUCAACUCUGCCACCCAUAUCCAGGACAGAGACCGAGACACCUGUUGACAAGCCUUGAGCCGCGACGCUUGGUCUGCUCGGUAGGGGUGCUACAGUCUAUCUAGAAAGAAACGGGACACUUUCCCUUCCUGGCUUCAGAUGUCUGAAACCCACUGACUGACUUGUAGGCCCAGCGGGUAGGCCAUG